AUGGAACACCGUGAGGCACUCGAUGAAGCCCAACCUCCCUCGUACGAUGCAGAAGUCACUCCUGACUUCGAAAGUGUUCCCGAAUACUUCGAGGCUCAACAAUCUUCUCACCCUUCAACUCCGGCGAUAGCUAACCAUCUUCAGGAAUUCGAGUAUAAACUCGACAAGAACGGCAAGACUUUUGCGACGCUAACACUCAUUGCAAAUAAGUUGUUCUCUGACAAAGUUCCUACCUUUGUGGAAGGAGCUCCGAUAAAGGGUAUGAUUCAUCUCAACCUAGACAAUGAGAAACCGGAGCACGUAAGCUCAUUGUCAAUCAGAGUUGAAGGGCAGCUUAUAACCGGUGGUUCGCAAUUCUGGGGCUACACGUACACCUUUCUUGAUGUCACGCAGGAGAUCUGGACACGCUCUCACGAUGAAAGUGGUCUAACGCAAGGCCAAUGUACCUGGCCCAUCUCGAUCAACCUACCGGAGAAAGUCUCCAUGCAGACGGGGACCGACAAGCACCCAGAAAUGUUUAGACUACCUCAAACUUUCAAUGAGCGCAAUAUUCACUCGACCGUUAGAUAUGAGCUUUCGAUGAAAAUCACGCGAAGUGGUCUUCUCAGGUCAAAUGACAUAUUGUCGACGCCUUUUGCAUUUAUCCCGGUCACCCGUCCGGACCCAUUUCCACCAUUGAAAAGGUUGGCGUACGAUGAAGGGACUCCUUUGCUACCACCGAAGGUCGAUCCAGAAGGAUGGUUUCCUCUUCGCACCGUUUUAGUAGAAGGAAAGACUCCUAACAACAAUACAGCAAAAAUAGAAUGCCGACUUUAUCUCUCUAGACCACUUUCUUAUACACGAGGCUCCGUCGUUCCACUUUUCAUGACUUUGGAAAGUGACAAUCAGCAAGCAUUGGACCUCCUGUCUUCUCCAAAUGCCCCAAACGUACGGGUUAGAAGACGCACCAAGUACCAUUCGGAACCCAAGAAGAAGAUUGAAUCCAAAGCCUGGAGAGAUGAAGUUGAUCACUCUCAAAGAGCCGUUUGGUGGCCAACUACUGAAUCUUCGGACAGGAUUCGUAUGAUCGCCGGAGAACUUCAUCUCAAGCCAAACAUGGCGCCAACCUUGGCCAUGGGGGACUUCCGAAUCAAUUAUUCUGUGGUAUUCCUUAAGUUCAAAUCACCAGGAUUUCUUCACAAAGAGGAGAAUCCGCUUCUAUCGGAGGAACCUAUCACGAUUGUCACUGCAUAUGCUCCAGGACCACGACCCAGAAUGUUCACCACUCCUGACUAUACUCCGGAUGAAGAAGCGGAGUCGGAGGACCUACAAAGCGCAGUUGAAUUUUCCAAAGGGUUCUAUUGA